CCGCCUCGGUUUCCUCUCCACCGUGCUAGAAACUCUCUCAUCUCCACUUUCUCUGUUGCGACCCGAAGCCACCACAGAGGGCGCUAAAUGGUCAUCCUCCACGGAUUGGAAAUUGCCCUACCAUCGCCCAGCGCCUCCCUUUGACCUCCAUUGUAAGCCACGAAGCUGUGAACCCAACAACCCCUGUUUUGCAACUUUGAAACCAGUGCAGUCAAUAGGAGUCCACUGCCACCGUGAUCCUCCCACACUGCACCGCACGGUUGUCCCACCUCUGGGUUCCUCCACCGCAACCGUGAGCCUCUCUUACACCGCUAGGAGUGGCCUGAAACCACACCCGAAACCAAGAAGGAUCCAGCAACUGAAAACUGCCUAUCACAAAGCCAUACCGUCGGUUUUAUUGCACUCACCGCCGUGCCCCAACGUGCCCAGCCACCUUGCACCGUCUCCCUCCACUGACCACCAAGCAACACACUGCCCGGCUCUCUCUCUCUCUCUCUCUCUCUCUCUCUCUCUCUCCCCCACGCUAGUUCUCUCUCGGUUAGUCCCUCUCUCUAGGUAAUUCUCUCUCUGCAUAGCUCUCACUCUCUCUCGGUUAGUCCCAGAAGGUGCUGUAUGCCGGACCUUCUCGUUCUGUUUGCUAAACUGGCGCAAAGAACCGUCUCGAAAAUGUGAGUAAAAUCUUAGCUAAACUCGACUCGACUCAACAGAAAGCCUCUUCCCAUUGUGCCGCUUUGCAUCAACCUGUACAAAAAUGGUUCGCAGCAUCAAAAGCGCGAAGAAAAUCAAGAGAAAGAGCAAGGGCUCGGACAAAGGAGAUGGGUCUUCGUCUUCGUCAUCUUCGAUACCCUCGAUGCCGGCAAAGGUGUGGCAACUGGGUGUGGACAAAUUGGAGGAAGGCGAGGAGCUUUAGUGUGACCCCUCGGCCUAUAAUUCACUUCACGCCUUCCAUAUUGGCUGGCCCUGUCUUAGCUUCGAUAUUGUAUGCGAUACACUAGGGUUGGUCCGAACAGAGUUCCCACAAACAAUGUAUUUCGUCGCAGGUACUCAGAGAAAGCUUCUUGGAACUCUAGUUAUCAAGAAAAGAAAGCUUCUUCGAACUCUAUUGGAAUAUUUAAAAUAUCCAACAUCACAGGGAAAAGACGUGAGCUAGUGCCUUCCAAACCUGCAGCUGGAAACUCUGAUAUGGAGAGUGACAGUAGUGAUAGUGACAAGGAUGAUGAGGAUGUGGAGCUUGGUGGAUCUGGGAGUCCGAGUUUGCAGUUGCGCAAGGUAGCUCAUAUAUGCGCAUCUUGGGCAGAUAAUGGUCACGUGCAGGUAUGGGACUUCAGCUCUCAUCUGAAUGCUUUAGCAGAAAUAUCAGAAACACAAGGUGCCCAGGGGGCUUCGUCAGAUUUCAAUCAGGCCCCAUUAGUUAAGUUUAAGCACAAAGAUGAAGGCUAUGCUAUAGACUGGAAUCCUAUUGUUCCGGGAAGGCUUGUAUCUGGGAAGUGCAACAAUUGUAUUUAUCUGUGGGAGCCUACAUCUGAUGCGACAUGGAAUGUGGAUACCCAACCAUUUAUUGGUCAUGCUGCGAGUGUCGAGGAUCUACAAUGGAGCCCUACAGAACCUCAUGUGUUUGCCUCUUGUUCUGUGGAUGGGACCAUUGCAAUAUGGGAUGUCCGUUUAGGGAAGUCAGCAGCAGCAUCUUUCAAGGCUCAUAAUGCAGAUGUGAAUGUCAUAUCGUGGAACAGGCUGGCUAGCUGUAUGUUGGCAUCAGGCAGUGAUGACGGGACAUUUUCUAUUCGUGACCUCAGAUUGCUUAAGACUUGAAAGAAUGAGAAGAUUUAGUGCGAAAGGAGAGUAUUUUGGUACAAAAGAAGAGGCUACGGAUCCAGAUCGAUGAGAGGCAACGAGAUUUGAAAAGAGCCGAGGAGAUUUAACCAAGGUGACUCAAUGGCGACCAGAAUUGGCGACAAUAGUUAGGCGAUGAGCAAUAUAUUUGACCUCCUAGGCGAGAAGACUUGGCGACAAGACUCUAAGCGGUUGGAUUGGGUAACCAGUCUAACCAACCAACUUAAAAGAUCAACCUAAAAGACAUUGUGUGCAACAACUAGCAAAGGGCUUGAAAGUAAUUUUGAUCAAGAAAAGAAGAGUAAAAAAACACAGAAGGAAUCUACAAGAAGUCAAAGUUUGGAAUACACUAGGAGAUAGCCCGGAUAUGUUUGAGUGUUUCGAUCAUAACUUUCUACUCACGUAUCCGAUUGAUACGAUUCUAGAUGGGUUAGAAAGAUAUCUUAAAGGGCUAUAACUUUGUCUCUAGUAAGGAUUUCUAAAUGCAGACUCAUGGAUUGCAUAUGAGGCUGUCAAUAGAAGUCCCAAAAGUUAGGCGACUGUUUAGGCGGAAAUCAUGAAAACAUUAGGGUUUCUUUUCUACCCUAUAUAAACAUAUCAUUAGCACGAAAUUAAAAAAAAAAAAGAGUUUGAGUUUUAGAGUUCACUAUUCCAGAGUUUAUUGUUUAAGUUUUCUUUCAAAGAGGCGGAUCUGGAGAGUGGAGG